ACAGGGUUUCCUGCUGACCGUCAGCCUGCUUGUAUUUUCUGCUGGCCUGUCUGCAGUGAUUAUUCCCUCAUAAACGGCCACUCAAAAAGGUUGUGGUCAUGCCUCCCCUCUCCAUCCUCCUCAUUACUGCUCUGAUGCAGCUUGUAGUUUUUCCUCAUAUGAGUGGUGGAGCAUUCUAUGGGCACAACCAACACUCUCAGCCAUUCCAGCAAAUCCAGCACCUUCAACAUAUGGGCAUGGGCAAAGGAGGUUUUCCUCAGCAACAAUACCUUGGCAAAGAAGUGCCUUAUAUACAGUAUCCACACUACAGAAAAGAAAUCCCCCAGAUCUCCCAGAUCCCCGUACUCAAAGGAAAAGAAAAAGCUCGAAAAGGGAUAAGCUAUUUUGGUGGUCAAGACAAAGGUUUGACAAUCCCUAGUGCAGUUGAGGGAAUCCCUCAAGGAGAACCAGGCCCAAUAGGACCACCUGGACCGGAGGGUCCUCCAGGACUUCCUGGACCACCAGGAAUCGGACCACCAGGUCCUGUGGGCCAACCUGGACCUCAAGGUCCACCAGGAACACCUGGAGUGGGGAACCUUGGUUUGCCAGGAUUGCCAGGAAAGCAAGGAGAAAAAGGUGAGCGUGGACCACAGGGCAAAAUGGGUCCAAGGGGAGAGGAAGGGCCAGCUGGACAGCCAGGGUCUCAGGGUCCUCCAGGGCCUCCUGGGCUUCCAGGUAUGGGUAAACCUGGGCUUCAGGGAUUACCUGGCCAACCAGGGCCCAAAGGAGAGAUAGGUCACAAGGGCUUGCCAGGACUUCCAGGAUUACCAGGACCCAAAGGAGACAAAGGGAUGGGACUACCUGGACAACCUGGUCACAAAGGGCUUCCAGGGCCUCAAGGACCGGCUGGUCCCAGAGGGUUGCCUGGUUUUGGGAAACCAGGACUGAAUGGGUCACCGGGUCCACAAGGACUGCCAGGUCAUAAAGGACAUCCUGGUGAGCCAGGGCCCCCAGGCCCUACAGGGGAAGGAGGACAGCGUGGCCCACCAGGUCUACCUGGUCAAGGAAGGCCAGGUCAAAAUGGCCUGCCAGGACAGCCAGGGACAUCGGGUGAGAAAGGUCAUCUAGGACCCCCGGGUUUGCCAGGAAAACCAGGUCUACCUGGAUUUGGUAAAACAGGACUUCCAGGACCAAAGGGUGAGAAAGGCAUGGGUGGACCCUCUGGAUCUCCAGGACCUAAAGGAGACAAAGGUCAUGAUGGACUACCAGGUAUUCUCGGACCUCCUGGACCAACUGGUCCACCAGGUCGUCCAGGUGUCAUGGGACCCCCAGGAAGUAUAGGCGCUCCUGGUCCUAAAGGAGACUGUGGCGAUGAGGGACCUAAAGGACUUGAUGGAUCCAAGGGUGACCUUGGUAUUCCAGGACUUCCUGGUAAAAUUGGUUUGCCUGGAGAUCAUGGAGAGCCAGGACCAAGAGGUCCACCAGGAAUGAGUGGUCCCAAAGGAGCUGAUGGGCAUAGAGGUUUACCUGGUAUGCCUGGACCCUCAGGAGCUCCUGGUACAAAAGGAGAAGGGGGGCUACCUGGUGAAAUGGGGCCUCAAGGUCCUAGAGGAAUCCCAGGCCUGGAUGGUGCAGCUGGACCAAUUGGGCUUACUGGUUCUCCAGGUCCUAAAGGGGAAAAUGGUCUUCCUGGUCCACCAGGAAAUGCAGAUAUUGGAAGUCCAGGCCUACCUGGUCCCAUCGGACCCCCAGGAAGAGAAGGCCCAUCUGGACCACCUGGACAGCCAGGUCAGCCUGGCCCUCCUGGUCCACCUGGAGAACCCGGUCUUUCUCCAGACAUGUCUGGAGUGCUCUCUCAGAUGGCCCCAGGACUGGAUGGUGUUAAAGCUGAAAGUUAUGGUAAGAAGAGCAUAUAUGAUGGACAUGGUGCAGAAGUGUUGGGUCUCGGUGGGCUGGAAAUGCCAGCCUUUACAGCCACAGCGACAACGCCGUUUCCACCUGUGGGCUCGCCCGUGGUGUUCGAUAAGCUUUUGUACAAUGGUCGCCAAAACUACAAUCCCCAGACAGGAAUUUUCACAUGUGAGGUGCCUGGCAUUUAUUACUUUGCCUACCACAUUCACUGCAAAGGAUCUAAUGUGUGGGCGGCUUUAAUGAGAAACAACGAGCCAGUGAUAUACACGUAUGAUGAAUACAAAAAGGGAUUCUUAGAUCAAGCAUCAGGAAGUGCAGUGCUACCUCUACAACCCGGGGACACAGUUUAUAUUCAAAUGCCCUCAGAUCAGGCCUCAGGACUUUAUGCUGGGCAGUAUGUCCAUUCAUCUUUUUCAGGUUUUUUGCUAUAUCCAAUGUAAACGAUAUAACAAGUCUCAUUGAGGAGAAUUGAUGGAAGUUUAUUUUAUCUCAAACUGAACACUUUGAAUGAAAACUUGAUCUCAUCAGCACAGAUCAGACAAUAUUAUUUGUACUGCAACAUUUUGUAGCCAUUUCAAAUUGGUGAUUUGUGUUUCUUUUUUACUGCUUGAAAAAAAACUUAUUGUUGUACAAACAGACAUCCAGGUAACACUGUUUUGACAUGCAGAAAAUGUAUAGGGAAUGUUUGGAAGUGCAAUUAACACGCUAAUAGUUUUUGCAGUUCAUGAAAAAAAAAACAGACUGAUUUAUAUUAAUUAUUUGCAAUUUUGUCCAUUUCGAUCCCUGCACAACUUAAAAAUAGCAGCUAGCCCAUGCAUCAAGUUAUAAAACAGAGGUAAUGUUUUAUUUGGAAAGAAAAAAAUUGAAUGCAUAUAUUUUAUUUCACUGCUGCAAAAAUUAACCAUCUGUUUAAAUAUACUAGAUUAUAGUCUGAAUCUUAUUGAAUUAUGUGAAAUAAUCUGCCAAUACAGCAAGACAGUUGCACUUUGUAAGACUUUUUGAAAUAAGAAAACUUUUAGGCUAAUAAAAUUAAUAAUCUAACACAUUCUGCUCUUGCUUAGUAUAUCAGUUUCAAACAAGAUCAAAAAUACUUUUUGGCUGGAUAUAAGAUUGUAAGACAUGGUUAGAUGGACAAUUUU